AUGCGCAACGUUAUUCAAACCCCAACCUUCUCUAUUACCGAAAUCAUUAGUGACAGCGAAGAAGAAGCUGAAAAGGAAGAUUUCAUCAAGCAAAAACAAUUAGAAGAGGAAAGAAUAAGUCAACUCUUGGAAGAUUCUAAAAAGAAGAGGAAAAGGAAAACAAAUGAUGAAGAAAAUUCGAAAAAGAAAAGCAAAUUACCUUCUCUGAAUAUUAUGGACAAUUUUGAUGAAGAGGUUAAACCAGGUCAAGUUAAAAUUUCAAAACCUUUUGAUUAUGAAGCACUUAAACAAUCGGAGCAAUCAAGAGGAGUAGUUUAUAUAUCAACAGAUUUCCCAAAAAAUCAAUGUCCUCCAACACUCAAAGAUGACAGGUCCUUGAAGAGAAUGUUAAGUGAAUUUGGAGAAGUAUCAAGAGUUGAAUCAAAAUAUGAAAAACGUGGAUUAAAAAAGUUCAGAAUAGGAUACUUUGCUGAGUUCGCUGACAAAAACACAGCAAAAAAAGUUGCAAUCACACUCAAUGGUAGUCCAGUUUCCAGGAGUGAUAGUAGAGUAUAUAAUGUCAAGUUUAUGCCAAACUUUGAGUGGAGUGAAGUUGGAGAGGAUGAAGAAUUACAGAAAAUGAAAAGAAAAUUGUUGAAAGCUGAAGUUCAAAAGGAAUUGAAAACAAUUAAAGAAUUUAAAAAGAACAAGAAAUGGUCUGAGUCCAUUAAACAAAACAAAACAUCGCAACCACAGUCAAACUUUAGAUUUAAUCAAAAAGGAUUCAUACGUCACGAACACACGGACACAACUCAUAUUGAUACUCUUAAUAUCUUUACAAGUAAGGAUAGUCAGGAAAAAAAACUUCAAUCCAACAAUAAAUAA